AUUGCCCCAGUUCCACACAUCGAAAACAGAAAAAGGAAAAGCAAAUCAGGGAGAUAAAGGAUGAUGCAAAUUGGUGUUUUUUGGAAGCAUGUUCUAAAAACCUCCCUGCUUGAUAAACCAUGGGAGUGGUUUGACUGGGCUGUUGUGUUCGAGGCUAUAUUCUUAACCUGUCUCCUGUAAUGUUUCUUUAGACUUCGCUGCUUGUCGUUAAAAUGAGCCUUACACAUGCAUGUGUGCUGAAUUUCAACGUGAUCAAAGCUGAGCUGCAGUAUGCGUCGUGGACUUGGGGGAUUAAGGGUAAAGCCGUGAGUGUUUUCCGUGAGUAGUAGUGACGCAGACACGCCAGACAAGGCCUCGGUUACGACCACUGCAGUGGAGAUGAAGUGGAAGGUGAAUGGGGCAACAGCGACCUCCGUGGGCAACGAGACACCGGAUGCUUCCGCUGCGCAAUAUAGUGGCUCAGACAAAAGGAGGGGAAGGGCUUUAUGGCGAUAUUUAGAUCCGCCAGACAGGCUGUUAUCUGCAGAAGGCAAAAGAAGUGAAUAGCCCCUGCGGUAAACUGGGUGAAAAAAACACCCUGAUUUAGGUUUACAGCCUGAGAGAGCCAUUGGCAUAGUGGCGUCUUUUCCCUUCCUCUGAAGGUGUUUGUCUAUUCUAACUUUUAGUGCACAAAUAGGCGCUCCCUUUUUACCCCCACGGCUUGUUUGAUGUCUGUUGGUCAAAUAAAGUGCAACUACCAGCGAGGUGAUAUAGUUUGAAAACCAGAAUGCACAUUAUUAUGGACAGCUUGUGCUUUUUUUUUUUUUUAAUUCCUGUGCUCCUUUUCCUAAAUGUAAUAGUGGAGAGUAUUCCUGCGUGUUGAGUUUUGCCUGUGGCCUUGUGUGGGGUGUUGGCCAAGCUCUCUCUCUCGUUUAUUUGAUGGUAAUAAAUAAAACACGCAGCUUAAUGUGUAAGAACUCAAGGUUGCUGCUUUGUAUAGACGGGAUCUGCAAUGUGGAGUUGGGUUUAUAGGAUAUUGUGAACUUUACGCACAGAGCUAUACCACAUUUUGUGUGGAAAUCCACAUUGAGAUGAAGUUAUUAAUGCAUUUCUGUAAUAUCCAUACAUUCCUAGUAUAUAUUGUUAAUAUUGUGAUACGUCAAUAUAUUUUCAGCUAAAUGCGUUUUGUGCCAGUUUAGAAUUUCAACAAAUAAAGUGAAUAUCAAUUUAUUUUAAUGUUGGAGUUGGGUUCAUAGGAUAGUGUGGACGUUACGCACAGAGCUAUACCACAUUUUGUGUGAAAAUCCACAUUGAUAUUACGCUAUUAAUGCAAUUUCUGUAACAUCCAUACAUUCCUAGUAUAUUGUUAAUAUUGUGAUACAUGUGUUUAUAGGAUAUUGUGGACGUUACGCACAGAGCUAUACCACAUUUUGUGUGCAAAUCCACAUUGAGAUUAAGUUAUUAAUGCAUUUUUGUAAUAUCCAUACAUUCCUAGUAUAUUGUUAAUAUUUUGAUACAUCAAUAUAUUUUCAGCUAAAUGCUUUUUGUGCCAUUUGAAGUUUAGAAUUUCAACAAAAUAUUAAUUUAUUUUAAUUAUAACGCUUCUAUCGGUCAAUUUCCUUACUCUUGUAUUAAUUAAUUUAUCUAUCUUUAUUACUCCAUCUAUUUUAAAUGUGCUGUUGUUUCCUGGUGUUCGCCACUGCUCGCACCAUUUCAUUUUAAAAGGAGGAAACCACAAGCACCACAUUAGUAUUUUUAGCUCUAUUUAAGUGUAACGCUACACCGAGGCUCUGGCUGCAAGCAGGCAUUAGAGCUAAUUUGUUGAUGGCGGUGAUGAUGGCAGCAUAGGCUCAUACAAGUGAUAACGGCGGUGUAAAUAAUAAGCACGUUAAACGGUGUGUUCAGCGAGGAGAAACCGGGAUCUGCCGUUAAUGUUAUUUGGAAAAAUAUUUAAUAAAUAUUCUGCUAUCGUGAGUCAAAUUCAGUGCGCCAAUAACACAUUUAUCUAGUUUUAUUUUCUCAUUUUAAUUUAUUGUCUUCUAUAUUUUUAUUUCAUAAUAUGUGACCAGUUUGUAAAACACCUAUUUUAUAUUUUAUAACAUGCAGUCAUAAGUAUCCAGUAAAUUAUGUUGUUUUAUUUGUUCUAUAUAGGCCAGUAGUUUUACAGCGUGAUUAUAGCCGAAACCAGUAAUAGUUUGUAGCUGCAACUAACUUUGAAAUAAAAUUGUCCUUUUUCUUUUUGUUAAUCUGAUUAAACAUUUCAAAAUAAAAUCUUCUCAAUUUUAAAGAAAUAAUCAUGUUCAUUGCUUUUUUUUUCAACCAUAGUCCUGCAUUAUAUUCUUGAAUAUGCUGUAAUGUGGAUUAUUAGAUGUUAGAGAUAUAGCCCCAACAUACUAUAUUAUUAAAUAUUGCCUGCAACGGAAACUACAGAUGCAAAUUAGCCUUUCUGGCAAAUUUAUGGCAUAUUUUCCGUAAUGUUAUCAAUAUUCACUGUUCCUGUCAAAUAUACUAAAACGUAUACGGUGAACGUGAAAUAGGCAUAUCUUUGUCUAAAUCACGAAAUGUGGUUAUUCUAGAAAAACAAGACCAUAUAAGCAUUAUGCUUUUAAUGCUUUUAAAUCAGCAUAGACGCACAGACAACAAUCUUGUCUAGCUAUAUGUUUAAAGGAAAAUACCUGUUUUAGCUGCCUAUAAUAUUAGAUAUGACCCGCAUAUCUUUUGGUGAGUUUGUCUGUAAAAAUGUGUUUAAUGUUUGAAGCUGAACAAAGGAAAAUAUACGGACACUUGGAGGAUGGCUGAUGGAGCCGAAAAGGAGCAAAAAUUUAAAAGAAAAUGUAAUUUGUAUAGUUGUAAUUUGAGAUCCAGAUGUUGUUUCAUCCUUGGUGCUGCUGAGUUUCUUUAAUACAGUGGCCACCACUGUAUUAAAGAAGCAAUGUGUUUUGGUGAACAGCAAUGGUAGGGUGCUUACGUGUCCUAUAAAGUAGCUCGUAAAAUAAGGCCUCCAAAAAAACAUACUGUAUCGUUUUUGGAUAACCAAGAAAGGGAUUUUAACAGCAGCAAGCAGGAUAAAAUACUGUAAAAAUAUGUUUUUCAUUCAUAUUUUCAGUUCUCACAGAUAACAGAUCUAACUCACAUCCUGAUGAUUCUUAUAGCUUUAAAAACUAGAGGUUGUUAUAGGAGAGCGGGUGAGUAUUUAAUGACCAAAGGGAUUGAUUUAUCCUUUAUUGUUCAGCCUUUAUGAUCACGUGUGUGUCUGCUAACCAAUGGCAUGGCAGCCUGUCUCUCCAUUACAAGCCCACUGUAGUUUCUCUGUGGGGCCAAGUUGCUACUUGAUUUCUCCACAUUGUUAUUUUGUGAGGUUUACUGCGUGUGUAUACAUGUGUGUGGUGUGUGUGUGUACUUUUUUUGUUGUCGCAUGUAUGACUGCGUACAUGUGAACGUGUGAUUUUUAUUCUUGCCAUGUCGACAUCCGGAACACUGACUAGUUACUACGUCGAUUCCCUCAUUCUGCCCGAGACUGAGGAGCUCUCUGUGCCGAGAUACAGCUCCGGUCCUGGGCUGCAGCACUCGAGACAACCGGCCUCCAUCAUCGGUGACCACGGAGAGCUCGGGACCUGCACUUUCCCGUCCAAACCUCCGGUGUUCGGUCCGUCGUGGAGCCACGUCCCUGCGCAAUUCCCGGGCACCGUUUCCUCCGUGUAUCAUCAUCACCACUAUGGGCAUCCUCAGGGGCCCGUCGGUGCGGACACAGAUGGCCGCUAUCAGUCGUGGCUGCUGGAGCCUAUGUCCGGUUCCCUGCCUCCAAUGGCCGGAUUACCGACGACGACGCAUCACUACGGAAUCAAACCGGAGGGUCUGACACCGGGCGCGCUCUCCGGUUCCCACACCGCGCUGCUGCUCUCCGAUUACGCCAACGGGACGGUGGCGACGGUGGCAUCUCCGGUGGAAAAGGACGCACUGUCCGGACAGGCAGCAGGGGUGGACACGAUCGUGGAAGUGGAGGAGAAACCGGCUCAUGAUCCAAAUAACCCAGUGUCCAACUGGCUCCACGCGAGUGCCACGAGAAAAAAACGCUGUCCGUACACCAAACACCAGAUCCUGGAGCUGGAGAAAGAGUUCCUCUUUAACACCUACCUGACCAGGGACCGUAGGUACGAGGUGGCGAGGCAAUUAAACCUCACCGAGAGACAGGUUAAGAUCUGGUUCCAGAACCGCAGGAUGAAGAUGAAGAAGUUUAAUAAAGAAGGCCUACCGAAAGAGAUUGACUAGAUAUUUACAGUUAUAUAGGCUGUUAAUGAGCUUUGUGUUGUGUGGGAGCUCCUAACUCUGCUGGACCUUGUUUUUAAAACUCAUUGUCUUAUUGUUCUAUAUAACAGAAGCUAUUAGGCUUAUUUGUCUUGUAAAAAAAAAACAGCAUGUUUGGGCUUCAGUUUGAUGCGACUACCUUUAUAUUGCACAAUUUUAACGGUGCCCACUCGUUUUUGUAUUUGUUCUUUUUCUUAUUUUGAAUUAAUACCUCGUUAAAGUGUAUUAGUUGGCCUGGUCCCUGUGCUUGUUUGUUUGUUUGUGUAUGGAUGUUUCUAGCUGUGUGUUUGUAUAGGUCUAUUUGUUGUCUAUCUCGGAGUAACCUGAGCGUAUAGUUUGUAAAAAUGUAUUAAUUUUUAUUGUUAUUUCUCCCUUACUGUUUAGAACUAUGACUGAUGACCAUGAGUUUGAAUCUAACAUUGGAGCCGUAGAAACAAGACUCAUUGCAUUUUUGAAGUAGGUUGACCUCAGAAACCUCUUGAAAAUGCUAAAACACAAAAGCAAAAUAUGUUAUAGAAGCUAUAUAUAUAUCACACGACACGAUUGACUACCUAUGUCACUCAACUACCUACAAUAACCUAUUUUUUUCCCCGAUGGCGGAUAAUAGUAGAUAUGCUUGCAUUAGAUGCUGAACUAUGAAUUUCAGGGAGUAACAUUUUGAAAGUACAUAAUGUUUGUUAGUGAGAGGAAAUUAAAUAAAACACUGUAGGCUACUUAUUGAAUACCUCACGGUCUGCUGACCGUCUGACUUUUUGGUUGACAAAUGUAAUUUGUACUUUAUUUAUUAAAUAAAACAAAUUAUAGGCCU